AUGACCAACAACUUUAAGGACGAUAGUCCAGAUACAAUUGGUCCCGAGAUCACACCUAAGAGGUCCUUUUCCGAAAAAGGCCGUCGCCUGAUUAAAGCCUUUACUACCAAAGAAGGACUUGUAGGCGACUACGACUAUGGCUUUCUUUUUAAGCCUCAACUCCCCUUCAUGAAAAGGGCACGAAGGGCAGGCCCUUUCUUUGGCCUUAACGACAGGAUGCCAGUGUUUCUUGCCUUGCUAUUGGGGCUCCAGCAUGCCCUUGCUAUGCUUGCAGGCAUCAUCACACCUCCUAUCAUCCUCUCGGGCAGUGCCAACCUUAUCCAGGCAGAUCAACAGUAUCUGGUUUCGGCAUGUCUCAUUAUGAGCGGUAUCUUGAGCAUGAUACAGAUUUCCCGAUUCCAUAUCUGGAAGUCUCCUUACUACGUCGGCACUGGAUUGAUCUCAGUCGUGGGAACAUCUUUCGCAACCAUCCCCGUCGCAACAGGUGCUUUUUCGCAAAUGUAUGCCACCGGUUUCUGUCCAUCGGAUGCAGAUGGUAACCACCUCCCUUGCCCUGAUGGAUACGGCGCACUGAUCGCCACUUCGUGUGUUUGCGCCCUUCUAGAAAUACUGAUGAGCUUCACCCCACCAAAGACUUUGAAGAAGAUUUUUCCGCCCAUCGUUACCGGACCUACUGUUAUGCUGAUUGGUAUAUCGUUGAUCAGCUCCGGCUUCCAGGAUUGGGCUGGAGGCAGUGGUAGCUGCUCAUCUCGCCCUGAAUCUGGUAUCUAUAGGUUGUGUCCGACCAUCGAUGCGCCUCACGCACUUCCUUGGGGAAGUGCAGAGUUUGUCGGACUUGGAUUCCUUGUCUUCGUCAGCAUCAUCUUGACCGAGCGCUUCGGCAGCCCAAUCAUGAAGUCUUGUGCUGUUAUCAUUGGUCUGCUCGUUGGAUGUAUUGUAGCUGCCGCAUGCGGAUACUUCGAUCGCAGCGGUAUUGAUGCUGCACCUGUCGCCAACUUCAUCUGGGUUCGCACCUUCAAGUUGAAGGUUUACGGUCCACUGGUCUUGCCGUUACUGACGGUAUACAUUGUCCUGGCUAUGGAAGCCAUGGGCGACAUUACUGCGUCUUGUGAUGUUUCUCGCCUUCAGGUCGACGGAGCGACAUUCAACAGCCGCAUUCAAGGUGGUGUCCUUGCUGACGGAUUGAACGGACUCAUUGCAGGUCUCUGCACAUUGACUCCUAUGUCUGUGUUUGCCCAGAAUAAUGGGGUUAUUGCUUUGACCCGAUGCGCCAACCGAAAAGCCGGGUAUGCAGCCUGCUUCUGGCUACUUAUCAUGGGAAUCUUCAGCAAGUUCGCAGCUGCACUAGUAGCAAUCCCUUCCGCUGUACUAGGUGGCAUGACGACAUUCCUGUUCGCGUCUGUCGCCACUAGCGGUCUGCGUAUCAUUUCAACAGUCCCAUUCAGCCGCCGCAACAGAUUCAUCCUGGCCGCAGCAUUCGCCCCUGGCUUUGGUGCUACUCUUGUUCCUACUUGGUUCAGCUAUGUCUUCACAUACCACGGUAGCAACCAAGCCCUGGAGGGUUUCUUCAACGCCAUUGUACUGGUCAUGGAGCAAGGCUUCGCCGUUGCGGCCUUUGUCGCCCUGAUCCUGAAUUUGAUCUUGCCUGAAGAGAUGGAGGACGAGGAGAUUCCUGAGUUGACCGCCAACACCAUUGAUGCACCCGCAGAUGAGGAGGAAUGGCGACACAUCAGAAGAGAAGAUGAGAGCGAGAAGAUUUCACCAGUCAAGAAUUAA